GUAUGGAUGUUAACCGCCUUCUCUUCGCCUCCUGGCUGCUGCUCGGGCUAGCGGCAGCGAACAUCUAUAAAGGACAUGAAGUAUGGCGCCUCAAUAACCUCAAUAUCGACCAAGCACAGGACAUCCACACAUUCCUGACGGCUCUGGACUUCGAUGUCUGGAGCCAUGGAAGGGACUCUCUUGAUGUCAGGGUUCCCCCGCACCUGGCGAGGCCUCUGCAACGUCGCCUGCAGGAGAUCUCUGUCUCUCAUACGAUCUUGAUGGAUGAUGUGCAGAGGAAAAUCGACGAGGAACGCAGGGUCUUGGGAAAAUCUCGAGGAAAAGCUGGAAUUCAUAUAAGCGAAUAUAAUGAGCUGGAAGUGAUUGAAGGCUACAUGACCGAGCUUUCCCAGAAGUACGAGUGGGUUAGCCUCAAAUCCAUCGGCAAAACUUACGAAGGUCGGGACUUAUGGGUGAACAUCCUAGCAGUCCCUGGAGAAACCCCUAAGCCAGCUGUGUGGAUCGACUGCGGUAUCCACGCUAGGGAGUGGAUUACCCAGGCGACCUGUGUCUUCGGUUUAGAAUUUCUGACGAGCCAAUACGGUACAAACGAAGGUGCCACAAGCCUUCUCGACGCUUACGAUGUCUACCUGAUGCCAGUGCACAACCCUGAUGGCUAUUACUACACCUGGCAUAAUGACAGACUCUGGAGGAAAAACAGAAUGCAACACGAGGGCAACAUUUGCACUGGCGUUGACCUCAACAGGAACUGGGACGACGGGCACUGGGGAGGCGCUGGUACAUCUGACAACAGCUGUUCAGAUAUUUACAAAG